ACUACUUCUACAUCAACUACUUCUACAUCUAAUACUUCUAUAUCUACUACUUCUACAUCUACUACUUCUACAUCUAAUACUUCUAUAUCUACUACUUCUAUAUCUACUACUUCUACAUCUAAUACUUCUAUAUCUACUACUUCUACAACAUCUAAUACUUCUACAUCUACUACUUCUACAUCCAAUACUACUUCUACAUCUACU